CUUCGUCCACUCCUCGAGAGAUACGACACUCAGAGAGAAAACUAACCCUUUAUUGGGAAGGUUUACUACCCGAAAAACUACAAUUGUCAAAUGGCGCCGUUGCCGGGGUGUGGCACGACAUUAGUUUAAUUUCUUCUUAUUAGCUUGGGUGAAGAUUGGUUAGAACGAUCUUCUCACUUCUUUUCACCAACCACCCGUAAUAAUUAUUAUGGAAAACCCCACUGGUUAUUACGGUCCGCCUUCUUUCUACCAAUCACCCAACCGCCCUCCAUACCAAACCCAUUCACCUUACCACCCACAUCAGAACCCAAAUGAUGAUGACUACCAAGUCGACAAUGGGUCUGACUACUAUCCCUACCAUGAGGAACCACCAUGUGAUACCCCGUCUAGAAACUUUGGAUAUUCUCCAUACCAAGAUUCUGAUGAGGAUAAUUAUUAUGAACCUCAUGGUGACCAAGAUGACUAUGACCAAUUUGGGCCUAUGUACGAUGAUCAAUCUGAUCCACUUGUCGAAGAGAUCAUAAGAUUAGAACAGAAAACUUUCUAUUUCGACGAAGUCUUAUUUGCUGAAGGCUCCUGGUACGAACCACCCUACUGCCGUGACUACACCCUGUUUGCUGAAGAACAAAUCGAAGCAAACAAGGUGGCAAUUCGAGAAAGAGCAAAACUUCUCGAAUCAGUCCGGAAGGAAAAGGAGUUCGAAAGGAGAUUAUGCGAAGGAUCGGAAAUGAUGCAGAAAAUGUUGUACGACUUUCAAAGAGAGAGACUAGAAGCUGAGUCUAAAGCCGAUAAAUUAAUCAAUGGUCUCUUUCUAGAAGAUUCACCCAGUUUUACACCAUCACAGAAACCCGAGAGCAUAACAACUCUCGCUAGGGCUACUGUGGUGAUGUUACCUAAAUCCCUUCCUAGCCAAGUCACAACCAGCAUAGUCGUACAGAAGGUGGAACCAACUAAGGGACCUGACUCAGAACCACCUAUGCUUAGUCAAGAAAAGGAGGAGGAAGUUUUGCCUAUAGCAAUAAACGACCACCUCCUUAAUUGUGUUGAAGACACACCUCCAGAGGAAGCUGUUCUGGAGGAGAAAGAGCCCACUACAAGCCCCCAAGAUUCCGAUGUCCACAAGUCUAAGGAGGAACCUAUAGAUGAAGAAAAGCCAACUCCGUCUAUAGAAACCUAUGCAACCAAUGAUUCAUCUGAUGAUUCAGACCAUACUUUCUUUGACUCCCUACUUGACGGGUAUGACUAUGUCUGCCUGAAGGAUGGUUGGAACUUAAAGAGUUGGGAUGAACUUCUGGUGAGUGACAACGAGGACUCUUCCUUGGGGGAGGGUACGAUCAUAAUCAUCAAACCACAAAUGGAUAGUCAGUCAAUUGAAGAUAAGGAAGAAAUCAAUUUCGCAAUCAAAGCCAAUGAUGUGGAUCAACUGAGGAGACUUCCGCCCCCACCCACUUAUACAAAGUCUCCUCCAUAUAUCCUGUUGCCACCCAGCCGCAGGGUUGGGUUAAGGAUCCUGGACCUUGACAGAACAUUAAUUUUGGAUAUUUAUAUGAUCUUACGUUAGAAUUCUUCUUUUCAUGACUCUUAAAACCCUUUUGAGAAUAUUUUAUGAAUUAUUUCAUACUUACAUGUUAUGGUCAUCUAUUAUUUUAUAAGUAUUGAGAUAACUUAGCAAUUGCAUGUGAGCAUUUCAACAAUUAGCUCCAAUACCAGUAACACUCUUAAACCACGAGGGCGUGGUUCCAUUUAAGUGUGAGGAGGCAAGAGUUCUUUGUUGAAAUGAUCUUUUUAGGAAUUGUUUUGUCUAUAUAUUUUUAGGAAAAGAUUUUUAUAGAAUAGUCAUCAAUUUUAAUUGUUUGAUUAAUUAAUCUUUAGUUAUCAC